AUGAACCAGCCGCAGCUGAACCAGCUCGACGUGCAGGCCGCCAUCGCGCGCUGGGCGCGCUUCCCAGGAGACACCGGCUCGCCCGAGGUGCAGAUAGCGGUCGCGACGGAGCGGAUCCGCUUCAUGGCGCGGCACAUGGAGCGGAACAGGAAGGACUUUAUGACGAAGCGGCGGAUCAUCCUCGCCGUCGCGGCGCGCAACCGCAUGCUC